GGAAUUUCCCCCUCGGGUAGUUUUCACUAUUGUCUUGUUUUAUCGCAGCUGGACGUGGAGGCUGGCACACAAAGCGCCGUGUGACGCUCCGCCAGAAAGAUCAUCAUUAUGCAGAGUUUUGAUUAAGAAUUUGGGUUUUGAUCCCUCCGUUCGUAUCAGAAAUGGUAGAGAGGGAGAGAGUAAGGCAGAGGGAGAGAGAGAGAGAGAGAGAGAGAGAGAGAGUUUGGGAUUUCGCUGUAAUCAUGUUCGGAGAGUAUUGAUUUCGUGAGCGCACUCCAAUUGGCAGCAUCUCCACUACAGCGCCGGCGCGUCAUCCUCGGUUCACAUCGACGGAACGAGUUGUAAGCAAAUGAGAACAUGUGUGGGAUCUGAGAGAGUGAGAAAAGGCAAGGGGGGAUAGAGGGGAGCAAGAGGAGGAGUGAUAAAAAGCCAGUUUUAUCAACCCGACAAGUGGAUACGAAAUCUGAUUACUGGACUAUUUUUUCUCUUUAUAUUUUUUUCAGACUGGGAAUUUAUCGAUUCGUCACAUGCGCACGCCUCUUCAUUAUAAUUGCAGACAGUUGGGUGCUGUUCAGGCUGAAUGGACUUGAAUGUGCCGCUGCCAGCUUAAUCCGUGCAGACUGGAAGAUUUAAUAAUUCACGGUAAUCACGCAUUAUCGCCUCAGUGGAUGCUCUCUACACAGCCCUGGUGAUUUUUCCCCCCUCUUUUCCCCAUUCUUCCUGUUGUCUUCUGGAGGGAUUUAUCGACGACUGCUUUGCAAAUAUGCUCCUUAUCUGAAAUAUCAUCUGUUGCUGCAACUGGAUUGAGAAGCCCCCUUGACUGGCUCUGACACGCGUUUGAGACUGUCUUGAGGUGAUGUGGACUGUUGAAUAAGAAGCAUUUCAAUCACCAUUUGAUUUUUACUACAGGUAAAAUGGACGAAAAAUUAUUAUUACUUUUAUUACUUCUCUUAUCUCUACACGCGAGGCUGUGAUUUUGCUUGCAUUCAUCAUGGUCCGUCUACUCCGUUGAAUUGCCUCUUAUUGAUUCAGACUGUAAGCUUAAUAGCACUGUUACGGGGCGAAUUUCAACGUAAAUUUCACGUGAAUUUCAUUGAAGACAGUGGGAUACGGGGAUCGUGGAGGUAUUUCCCUCCCUUGCUCUUCAUUUGAUUUAUUCCACUCUCAACUGAAGGGUAAAUGUUGAUGAUGGAGGACGACGAAUUAGACGCUCAUCAGGUUGAUUCGGAUUUCGAGCCGCAAAGCCGGCCUCGCUCAUGCACCUGGCCGCUGCCGUGCCCGGAGGAUUUCCCCGGUGGACACGAGGUCAGCGGGGGUCUUCCACUGGCCAAGAUCAAGGUGGAACCAGAGGACGUCCCGGCUUGCAGAGCGGGGCUCGUGGGCGGAACGCCGGGAGAGCUGAAGCAUCCAGCCGGCGCCCCGGCACCCACAGGCGCGACGCACCCAUGCCUGGCUGGCGCGGCUCUCGAUGUGACCGGACCGCUGCGCAAAGCCAAGUCCUCGCGGCGGAACGCGUGGGGGAACCAGUCCUACGCGGAUCUCAUUACCCGCGCCAUUGAGAGCACCCCAGAAAAGAGACUCACGCUGUCACAGAUAUACGACUGGAUGGUCCGUUAUGUGCCCUAUUUCAAGGAUAAGGGCGACAGUAAUAGCUCAGCUGGCUGGAAGAACUCCAUCCGACAUAACCUAUCCCUCCACACACGUUUUAUCAGGGUGCAGAAUGAGGGAACAGGGAAGAGUUCUUGGUGGAUGCUGAACCCAGAUGGAGGGAAGAUGGGCAAGGCCCCCCGCCGGCGAGCAGUCUCCAUGGACAACAGCACCAAAUACUUAAAAAGCAAAGGCCGCAUCAGAGGCAAGAGGGUUGGCCGUCCUGGGAUAGGAGCAGCUUCUGCUGUGGUGGGGCUCCAGGGCUCCCCCGACCAUGGCAGCCCACCACGGAAAGGCCUCCCAGGAUCUGGAGGUGCAUCUGGGACAGAUGGAGAGUUUGACGCUUGGACAGAUCUCCAUUCCAGGGCUAGUUCGUCAGCCUCUACCCUGAGUGGACGCCUGUCACCCAUCCUCGCAGAGGGAGAGCCAGAGGAACCAGAGGAGGGUGGUCUGUCCUGUUCCACCUCUCCCCACCUCUACCCCUCUCCGACCAGUGCCCGCUCUCCAUCUAUGGGGGCAGGGAAUCGCUGUCCUCCCUUGGAGCAGCUGCCUCAGCUGGCUAACCUGACAGGUGCCAUCAGUCUGGAUGAACAGCUGAUGGAGGACAGUUAUCAUCACCAUCACCCACCACAGCAGCAACACCAGCAGCAUCCGGCUGUUGGCAGACAUAAGCACCAAACCCCUGUCUACCACUACAGUUCUGGAGUGAAGGGACAGAGUCCCUAUGGUGCAGGCGUCUAUGGUGCAACAGGCAUGGGGAUGCUGUGCCACCAUUCACCCAUGCAGACCAUUCAGGAGAACAAGCCAGCCAGUUUCUCUGGAACCAUGCGGGCAUACUCCAGCACCAAUGCCCUGCAGAGCCUGCUUACAGGUGGUCCAGCUGGGCAACAAUACUGUUCCAAGGACAUGAUGCUGGGACAGGAGAGGGAAAGCCAUCCUAUGAUGGGUCAAGCUAGUAAUGGAGUUGGCUCCAACCAUCACAGCCACCACCCCGGCCACCACAAUGGCCACAGCCACAAUGGACCUCAUAGUCACAGCUCAGCUCAUAGCCAUAACAGAACUCAUAGCCAUACUCAUACUCACAACAAUGUAACCAACCACAACCACAACUCACCUCACAGCCUCGCUCACAACGGUCACAACCUCAGCCAGAGCCAUAACCACACACCGCCCCGGGCUGCGGCCCUGACCCCACGUGGCAACAGCAAUCAGCUGCACACAUACAACCACAAAGCUCCCUAUCUAUACAGCCCCCCAUCACAUGCCCACCUCCCAGCCUCCACCACCCUUCCCCCAAACCCAGCAGGUAUGCUUGGCAUGCCCCAGGACUCCUGCCAUGUGGCCACUGCCCCACACCCACACCCCCGUCAUAACCAUUAUCCUGACCCACAACACCAAGGCAUGACUAACGGACCAUACCACCAUGGCCAGGGGAUGGGGAAUGGUAGUGUUGGUAGCAACUACCAUGGCUAUCACCAACCUCACCCCCAUGAGAGACUACCUGCUGACCUGGACAUUGACAUGUUCCACGGUAGCUUGGACUGCGAUGUGGAGUCCAUCCUCCUCCAUGACAUUAUGGACUCUGGGGAGGAAAUGGACUUUAACUUUGACUGCUCCCUAGCCCAAGGGGUGGGCAUUGGCAUGGGUAUGGGCAUGGGUGUGACCAUGGGUAUGGGGAUGGGAAUGAGCGGUCUGGCCGGUCCACAGCAAGCCCAUAGCAACCAGAGCUGGGUGCCUGGCUGAAGUCUAGGACAACACAUCCUCCUCUGAAAGAACUACCCUACCCAUGAAGCACUGUGCUCAACUGUGACAUUCCUGACUUCACACAGAGCCUAUAGGACCAACACUCCCAUCUCUCUUUCUUGUCUUGACACUUAUUCUGUCACCCUAUCCUCUUUUGAUUUCCUUUCCCCUCGAGAAAUCUAGUUCAUGUCACAUUAGGUUUUUCUUCAUAUCAGCUAUACUGUGAUGACAAUCUCUCAGCUGUGCUUGCCCAACAUCGCUUCUCAUCUACCAUGAGAACUGAACUCUCAAUGCACUUUAUUGCAAGUGGGUCACAUCUUGCAGUGCAAUGUGUUCACAGAGCAGCUCAGGCAGAGCUUGGCAUGUUUUGUAAGGUGACUGCAGUACUUUAUGGCAACAAAUGAGGAAAUCACAAGUUCUGUUGAUAAAGUGUAAGAUCUUGGUAAAAUUAGACUCAUUUUCUUAUAUGCUGUCAUUGUCAGUGGUGGGGACAGUAAUUGUUUUUGAAGAAAAUCCUCAGUUGCUUAGUGAUUACUUCCUUAAGUUUUCAUAUUCAAAACCUUAGACAUCAUCUGUUUCUUAUCACUCACCUUACCAGAUUUAAAAUAUAAAUUAAUACAAUACCAUUAAAUUUAACUGAUUUGACACUGGUUUGAAUGUAUUUAUAAAAUACAUUUAAAUAAAAUGCUGAUCUGAAACCAGUUUAACAUUUCAAUGAUAAUGACAUUCACAUGCUCAUCAGAGCCAAUUAAUUAUCUUUCAUCAGUCCUGUUGUUUACAGCUUCAUGCAUUAAGUCCUUGGCACUUUGGCUUUUCUCUUGGAUAUAACAUUUUGUUAAUGCCCUUUUGCCUUUGGUUAGAGAAAAUUGUCACUACAUCGUUAAAUGGAUUCUAUCAUUACUGGCUAGCAAGCAAUUUGUUGAAUUAAAAUGCCGUAUCACCUUGUCUCACCUGGGGUUCUCGUGCCAGUUUCUCUCUCUCUCUCCUUCUCUAAGUCUCUCUCUCUCUGCCUGCCAGUGGAGACAAAGUGACCAUUCCUCACACCAAGCCAUUAAUGUGGCUUGAUUGAAAUUCAGCAUCUUGCUUUUAAUCUCCAAAGUGAUGCGGUGCCGAUGCGUCAUUAUUGAGAAUCUAACGCGUUGUCCUCCCAUCUCUCACCCCGACCGCCCGGGCCGCUGCUCGCCUCUCCAACUUAAUGUGCCAAGAAAGCGAGACAAAACUGUGAUUAACGCCAAGUCACUCUGCCUGCUGUCCUGCUCUGAGAAGGGCCAAUGUCACUGUCCUCUUGCCUGCUCACAGAGGGUACAAAAAAUGGAGACAAAGAUAGAACAAAAGUCUGUUGUUGCAGUGGGAUCAAUCAUCAGCCUCAGUUUCCAUGCUUUUUGGGUGUGUAUGUCUGAAAACAGGUAGUGUAUUUGUAUUGUAAAUCAUCUCCAUUAUCUGUAUUUUGUGUCCCACUGUUCCCAUGUUUUCAGUGCUUAUGCCCUGAGCUUCAAAUACUCAAACAGGUGCAAAGGGAGUGAUUUAAGGAGAAAACAAUCAGCCAAUCUGAUUGGCAUGAGUCUAUGUCAAACAGGGUUGUAAUGCCCCAGAGCCAUCCACAUCCACCUUUUGUGUGUUUAUUCUGUUGUCUUGUAGUUGUUGUUGUAUUGUUGAAAUUCUAAGGACCAAGGAGGACAGCGCUGAAAUAUCCAUAGUGUAAGGAUGGUAUUCAAUGGUAAAAUGAUGUUGGCUGUGCAGUAUGACCUUCCUGUGCUCCAAUACUGUGCAUCCCUCCCACAUGUGCUCUGCUCAACUGUCUCUGUGUUUGUGAGUGGGGGAGUCUGAAGCUUGUUUCUCACUGGCCUUGGGAGAGAAAAAAAGAGGACAACCCUAUUCUCUAGUUCCCUCAAUGAGACUCUCUGUGCUUGGUCUGUACCAAGUUCACACAAAGGAAAUGAGAGGGGGUACGGGUGGGGUUGGGGUUAUUAUUACAGCCAAAGGUCAAGCAUGGCACAGACUAUCAGACCCAUUAUUGAGGUAAAUACCUUUAUUUCAGGGCCUUUAGCUGCGCUGGUUCCAGUUAAUUUCCGUGUGGAAAAUGCGUGGAAUUUUGGGCAAAUGGGCCUCACAAAGCAGUUACGCUAUAACCUAUGCUACAGACAUUUAGCAAUGUCCUGCUAUUGGAAAGAGAGCUAUAUAUGAUGUCUAAUUUUCAUAUAUUUAUUUAUGAAAGAGAUUGGUCUUUGUCGCUCCUAAAUGUGGUAGUUGUUUGAGUCAACUCCUAUCCCCUUCCUCUUUUUUUCUCUGUUUUUUAAGAUGUCACUCUCCCUUUGCCCCUUUUACUGACUUUUAUUUUGUACAAAAUCUAUAUAUUAAGAAUAUUGUAUAAUAGUUUUUAAAAUCUCAAAAUAAUAAUAACAGUUUUGUUGUCUAUUUCUUUUUUAAGAGAAUGUAUCUCAUCAUCUGGUGACUGUUAAAUAAAUGAAAUUAAAAGAAA